UCAUGGGGUGGGGGGAGGGAGGAGGGAUAGCAUUAGAAGAUAUACCUAAUGUAAAUAACAAGUUAAUGGGUGCAGCACACCAACAUGGCACAUGUAUACAUAUGUAACAAACCUGCAUGUUGUGCACAUGUACCCUAGAACAUAAAGGAUAAUAAAAAAAAAUUUAAAAAAAGAAAGAAAAAGACUAUCCACUGUCCUCAGUUGGAAAGAAAAUUUCAUCAUUCAAGACCCAGUAUUAUCAGAUUUUGUUGACAUAGUUAGAUCCCUUAUCCCUUAACCCUAUCUGAUUUGGUUUAUGUCCUUUUCAUCCAAUUAAACUGGUUUUUGAGGAAGUAUCACAAGUAAUGAUAAUACUACCAAUAAUACUACCAAUACUACAAAAGCAACUGUUGUAGGGGAGGAAAGAUUUCUUUUCCUCAUCCAUUGCUAAGUUCAUGGCUGAGGCACCGAUAACAAAAGACAGAUUAACCAGAGAAAAUCAUAAACCAAAUUCACUUAAUUAAUAUGUUUACAUGACAUAAGAGCCUUCAGAAAUGAAGACCCAAAGAAACAGGUAAAUUUGUACAUUUUUGUGCUUAGGUUUGAUGAAGAGUAGACAGUUGUGGAAAAGUAUGAUUGGACAAAGGAGGUAUGAUCUAAUGGUAAUAAACUGGGGGACUUAGCUAGAUCUGUGUAUUCAUAUUUGUCUCUGUGUCCCUGUGCCUUUGGAGAUAAGAACAUUCCUUUCCUCCAUAUAUAGGGUGGGCACCUCUCCAUGAGAGCCUUAAUUACUUAUUUCACAGGAAGGUCAAAGAAUUGUGUUUUGGCUCACUUCAGGGGAGAAGGUCAACAAGUAACUUUUCUGCUUCUACUGCUUCCUCAAAUGCCAAAGUGCCAUAUUUUGGGGUAGCAGGUCCUGAAUCCCAUCACUGCUAAAUGCUGAGCACUUUCCAUAUGCAAGACCCUGUACUAAUACUUCGUUUAUUUAUGGACAUUUCACAGAUGGUAAGAUGAACUUGCCCCAAAUGUGUGACUCGUCAUUUGAGAAUCCAGUCAGUCCAGACUUUCUAAGUCUAAGGCCUAUCUCAUAACCUGUUGUUACUAUUUUGACUAUAAAUUUCUAUAGAGUUGUGUAGUCUGUUUUGCUUCAGACUUCGAAAACCACUUGUGACAUCUGUACCAAACACAGUGACAAUGGUCUCACUGCAACCUGAAAAGCCAGUUGUCCCUGGAACAGCAGUAACACUUUCCCUACUAGCAGUAACUUUUGAAGAAUCUUCAGGUGCAGCUAUUUGUCUUCCAUCUGUGAAACCUUUUGUUACAUCUACUGGGACCACAUCUGACAAGCCUCUUAUUGGCACUCCAAUGCAAAUCAAACUUGCCCAGCCGGGCCCUGUCCUUUCACAACCAGCUGGGAUUCCAUAGGCAGUUAAAGUCAAGCAACUAGUAGUUCAGCAGGCUUCAGGAGGCAAUGAAAAACAGGUGACCACACUUACACAUUCCUCAGCAUUGACCAUUCAGAAAUCUGGAUAGAAGACGAUGCCAGUGAACACCAUAAUACCUACCAGUCAGUUUCUUCCAUCUUCUGUUCUAAAGUAAAUUACUCUGCCUGGAAAUAAAAUUCUGUUGCUUCAAGCAUCUUCUACUCAAAAAAAUAAAGUAAAAGAGAAUGGAACAAUAUGCUUCAGGGAUGAAGAUAACAUCAAUGAUGUGACUUCUAUGGCAGGGGUCAACCUUAAUGAAGAAAAUGCCUGUGUCUUAGCAACAAACUCUGAAUUGGUUGGCACACUCAUUCAGUCAUGUAAAGAUGAACCAUUUCUUUUUAUUGGAGUUCUACAAAAGAGAAUUUUAGACAUUGGUGAAAAGCAUGACAUUACAGAACUUAACUGUUGCUGUGAACUUGAUCACCCAUGCAACACAGGAAAAAUUAUGAAGCCUUCUAGAAAAACUGACUGCAAUUGCUCAGCAUUGAAUGACUACUUACAAGGCAAGUGAAAAUUACAUCCUGUGUAGUGAUACCAGGUCACACCUCAAAUUUCUUGAAAAGCUGGAUCAAUUGGAGAAGCAGAGAAAGGAUUUAGAAGAAAGAGAAAUGUUACUUAAGGCAGCCAAGAGUCGUUGUAAUAAAGAAGAUCCAGAACAGCUGAGAUUAAAGCAGAAAGCCAAUGAGUUACAGCAACUGGAACUUGAACAGAUACAGCAUAGAGAUGCUAAUCUCACAGCUCUUGCAGCUAUUGGACCAAGGAAGAAGAGACCACUAGAACUUGGAAGUGAGGGCUUAAAAGACAACCUUCUUGCUUCUGGGACAUCCAGCCUGACAGUCACCAAACAGUUGCUUCGUCUAAGAAUCACAAGAAUCUGCCUCAGGGACUUGAUAUUUUGUAUGGAACAGGAACAGGAGAUGAAAUAUUCUCGAGCUCUAUACCUGGCCCUUCUGAAGGGACCACUCCACUCUCCAUCCAGAUCCUUGCAAUUUACUGCCAAGGAAGACACAAAGAGCAUUGUUGCACUGUUCUGAAAUUUCGAUUCCUGGAACAUAAUCACCAAUAUGAAAGAGCAAACAAUGGAAAAACAUUUCAUGCUCGUGGAUAGGAAGAAUCAAUAUUGUUAAAAUGGCCAUACUGCCCAAAUCAAUUUACAGAUUCAACACUAUUCCUAUCUAAGUGACAACAAUAUUUUUUACAGAACUAGAAAAAGCUAUUCUAAAAUUCAUAAGGAAUAAAAAAAGAGCCUGAAUAAACAAAGCAAUCCUAAGCAAAAAGAACAAAGCUGGAGGCGUUAUACUGCUCAUCUUCAAACUAUACCACAGGCUGCAGUAACCAAAA